GUCUGUGACAUGUUGAAUGAGAAGUUCAGUCCACACAUCUAGCUAAACGCAGCGCUGAGUGUCUGUUAGACCUGCUGGUAUGAGCCCAGAUAUCCUUACCCUGUUCAUUAGCUUGAAUUAAACUACACUGAGUUGUGUGUAAAUAGCUGAUUAAAUCUUCAUGCUUCAGUUAGGUAGCCAGCCAGUCAGCUUACACUGUACAGUACAUGAGGUUAUCAGUUACCUUACAGUGUCAUGUAACCAACCCUGAACAAACCCUUUUUUCCAUCUCUCCAUUCACAGGAAAUAAAAGUUUCAUUCAGGUCUGGUGAUGUAAUCGUAGGGGGAAAAAAUCAGAUAAAGUAGAAGCAGAAAAGGAGUAACAUAUUUGGGGUAAACUUCCUGAGAGAGCAGGAGAGUGAAAGAGAAAGGUAUGGGUCUCACAGGAUACAAAGAAAAAACAACUUUAAAAUGUUCGGUUGAAGUGAUAAUGGUAGUCCAAAGUAAUCUCUUCCAUGAGUGAAUGGAUGUGUGCUGCGUGUCGUACAAAUUUCUUUGAAGUGAUUUUUUUUCCCCUUUAUUUUCUUUUGCAGCUGAGGUUGUUCUUAUUUCUGGUGUACCUAUUGUAAAUAUUCUUCUCUUGCUAGACCUUUUCCACCCUUCUGUCCCUUUGCACUGUAUAUUUCUAAGCUUGUAUAUAUAAAGACUGAGUUGAUACAGCCUUUUUUUCUCUUCAAGCUCUUGUCUCUGUAAAUGAAAGACAAUGAUCGUCACUCAUGCCCCCCGUCUUUACUGUGAUUGAGGCCUUGUAUAAGCUUUAGCCCCUGAAGGAGUUCUGUGCAGUAUCUAUCGCACCUCUCUGUCCUCCUCUUGAAACCACCAGACAGAGGAGAGAAGCGACAAUGAUUCUGUAUUUUUAUUUCCAGCAUAAAUGUCUGCCUGUUCGCGCUUCAAAUUAGACUGAGUCAUGAAGAUACUCAGUGGUGGACGGGGCAUUUCAGCUGAAACCACACUCUUGCUAGGCUUCAAUAUGUACUGACUUGAAUAAAAUCCAGAGUUUCAAUUCAACUGGGGGGGAGGUAUUUUAUUUGGUGACUAUCACUUGAAUUGCGCUGUUUAGUUAAUUUGCGCUGUUCAGCUGAUACUUAUGCCUUAUUUUCAUUUACCUACACAGCUACUGCCACUUUCAUAAAGCAUUAUCUUUUAACACCUUUAUGCUGUUUUUUUUUUUGAUGAAUUGGAACAUUGUCAGUGGAGAAAAAAGGACUUGAGCUCAUCAGAUUUUAUCUGAAAAUGGUUUAUUUUAAUAUCCUGUAGUUUUGGCUCUUUGAUUUUGUUUCUUUGCUAAUUUCACUGCUUUUCACUCACAUGGCUUCGAUCAGAAACACUUGCGUGUCUUUCAACACCUGCUGUGUCUAAAAGGGGCACCAAAAUGACACUCUUCUCCCUCUGUGCAGUGUUUUUAUUGAAACUGUCUGGCACUGAUAGCAGUGUAUCCACAUACUGAGAAGUGCAUGCUGUUGUUCAAAGCCUCUUGUCUCAUGUUUUUGUCUGAUCAUGUAACUUGUUGUCUUUUCUGCCCACUUACAAACUCAGCUAAGAACAGUUCAUUCAGGCAAACUGAGUAUCUCGCACAUAAAGUUGUUGAACAGAUACAUUGUGAAAAUGUAACUUUACUGUCAGUACAGUGUCUAGCACUUCAUUUGAGUUGUGAUGUGUUACGACGUUUCAUGUUACAUUCACACACUGUAACCUGUGUGACUGUUAUCCACCCGUAUCACUUUGCUGUGCUCACAUUAUGCGGAGAGAAAUCUAGAUUCUUAUAAACAUCUUUUCCAUUCUAAACAGUCAUUUAUGCAGUUUAACACUUGAAUUUACCUUGUAAGUGAUUUAUUUUUUUUGACCAGAGGACGAGUUUGACAGAAGAUGCUGAUGGUCUGUGUUGAAUGACUAUCACUGCUGUUCUCAUCAACGCUGUAUCACAAGUGUCAAAUCCUUUCUGCUGUGAUAAACAUGCAUACAUUUAUUUGUCACUGUGAAUAUUUUCAGAAUUUAAGGUGACCAGCAGUUAGAAUUCAUUUUGCAAACACUAUCUUAGUAUAAGCAAUAAGGAAGUUUUGUUUUUGUUUUUUUUUGUGAAUGACUUGCAUCCCCUUCCACACAUAAACAGAAUACACAUUUGUUUGCACCGUUUGACUGUUAGAAGGUGGUGCUCUGUUUAAAUUGCACAUGAAGCCUUUUUGUGCAGCUAUUUUUUCCCCCUCAUACAAACCCUCUGGGUCAGAUGUCUUUUGGGACAGAGGACUGAUUUAGGCUCUUUAUGUUUGCAUGUCUGCAUAACAUUUGCACACCACAUUAUAGUAUCUUAAAGUUACAGAAUAAUGGUAGUGCUGCUUCAUUCAAUAGGUAUUUGUGUAUUACGCAGACACGCAUUUUACUUCACAAUUAACAUACAAUGGGUAAUAUAGUAUCUGUGAUGAAUGAGUAACAACUCUUUGGGAAAUAACAUUAGCUCUUUAUAUAAUCUUAUUAAGUAAUAGGUUAUUUUCAUUGUAUGUACCUGUAUUAAUCAGGUUAUUUGAUAUAUGGAUGAAUUAACUCUAAUAUCUAGUAUUUAAAAGAUAUAUGUCCCAUUAUGCCCAACCGUAUAUGCUCAUUGAAGAACUGAUUCAUUAUGAUUAGUACUAGUAAGGCAGAAAACAUCUUUAAUAGGCACUUACCUGUAAGAGGUCAGUUAGUGUAUUUACAUCAAAACACUUGUUUAUAGACUAGCUUUCAGAUAAAACACCACAGGUGUUUUUAUUGCUGAAAAAGGGGAGAUCUGUGAGUGAAUACAGCACAAUCUGGACAAUAAACUAGUUCAGAUGUCAGAAAUGUGGUCACUAAUAGAAGUAACAUUGACACUUAUUUACAUGUAUCAUUUAUGUGCGCAGAUGCUUUGAUAGGGAAUACUGUUGGAACUGUAGGUGGAUCUUUUUUUUUCCUGAAAGGGCUGUAGCGCCACCAAGUGGCCAUUCAGUGGUACUUCAGUUUACAAUUUUUUCAGGUUGAAAAUACUCGGUCUCGUUUGCCAACAUUUGACCAUUUGAAUGGAAAAUAUUACAACUAUUUUCACGUUCCCGAAUAGAAUUAACAAUGUUGUUAAUUGAUGAAUUAUUUAUGUUAUUACAGAGUAAUUACCUGUUUUAAAAUGUAAUGAUCACUGCGCACAGAUACUGAAUUUGAUCAUGUAUAAAGAAUCAGCGCGUUUUUGUAACAUUUUUCACAGAAUUGGCUCAGAGUUUGCCAGAAGGUAUAUUUUAAACAGGAUCGUGUAUUUGUUUCAUUUAUUGAUAACUGAUCUUGUAAAGAGUGCUUCGGUACUCACACCUUUUAAAUGCGGUUAUAAACCUGUUUUCCCUGAUGGAUGGAGCAGUGUCGGUGUCUGUGUUUUUAAGUAUUUAAGGUUAUUCAUCAGUGAGCGGCUCAGAUGAGCUGUUUUGCUGGUGCGUGUGCUUCUGUUGGCCUUAAACGCAGUAUGUGUUACUACUUAACAUUUCAGAAACAUCUGACACAAAUCCCCUGACCUGACUGUAAACAGCUGUGGGCGUUAACAUCGCACAAUUUUCAGUCAUCCCUAGAAUAACUUGAGUGUCCCGUUCAUUAUCCACAGUUCCUCUGUCGAUGCGCGUUCUGCUCUAGACGCUCAAGGACGCGCACGGUGUUUUACGUCAGCGUCACUAGGGCCCGCCCCCUCACUCAUCUUUAGCCAAUCGGCGUCACCGUUGCUCUCCUUAUGCGUGCUUCCGGUGUAAUGGCGGCUUGUAGUGAAGGGGACAGUAGUGUGGAAUAUGUGGAUAUGUGCGUGUGUUUGUAGGCAGGUGGUUUUGGGAUGGCGGUGACACAGCUGUUCAGACUGGUUGUCUGUCGGGCGCCAGCUCGAGCGGCUGUCCGCGUGCAGAGGAGGUACAGCAAGGUUUCCCCCAUUGUAUCUGAGCAUCUGCGAGUGUUUGAGGCACUCAGAGAGAAGCAUAUAAACAGAGCCCGAGUCGAGGCCUCAGAAAAGCCCCUCACUAUUCACCUGGAUGACGGUCAGACAGUCAGAGGAAAAGCUGGUGUCACAACUCCACUCAGUGUUGCCCAGAGUGUCCGUGUAAAAGGAGCGCUGGUCAGUAAGGUGAAUGGGGAGCUGUGGGAGCUUGGACAGCCGCUGCAGGCAGACUGUGAACUAAAACUGCUGGGAUUUGACACAGUUGAGGGCAGACAGACGGCAUGGAGGACCGGGAUGUGUGUCCUUGGUGGAGUGCUGGAGGGAGUGUUUGGUGCUGAAGUAUGCAGAGAAGGUGUGUCAGAGCUCGGCCUUUACUGUGACCAUCUCCUGGAGAACAGCGCCCUGUCACUGACCGAUGUGGAGGAAAGAUGUAAGGAGAUUGCAGCUCUUAAACUGCCUCUUUCCAAAUUGGAGCUGAAUCCAGAAGAAGUUCAAGAGCUCUUUCAGAACAAUAAGCUCAGACUGCAGCUUGUUGAGGAGCAGAUGAAUGGCCCCAUCAUCACAGUAUACAGAUGUGCCGACAACAUAGGGGUCUGUAACGGACCCCUCCUUCCACACACUGGACUCCUCAAGAUCUUCAAGAUGCUCCAGCUGUCGCCUGUGACACUGUCCAAUCAGACGGAGUCCUCAGGUUUGAUGCGUCUGUUAGGUGUGGCGUUUCCAGGCGGGAAAGAGAAGGAGGAGUGGGAGAGGGAGCAGGAAGAGGCACGGAGGAGGGACCACAGACGCAUUGGAAAUGACCAGGAGCUGUUCUUUUUUAAUGACGUCAGUCCAGGCAGCUGCUUCUUCCUGCCCAAAGGAGCCCACAUCUACAACACCCUCACAGACUUCAUCAAGAGUGAAUACCGAAGGCGAGGCUUCACUGAGGUUGUGACCCCAACUUUGUACAGCACUGCAUUAUGGGAGCGCUCUGGCCACUGGGAGCACUACAGCGAGAACAUGUUCACUGUGACGUCGGAGGGAUCUCAGACCUACGCACUCAAACCCAUGAACUGCCCUGCACACUGCCUCAUGUUUGAGCAGCGUGUUCGCUCAUGGAGAGAGCUUCCAAUUCGUUGGGCUGACUUUGGGGCACUACAUCGUAAUGAACUCUCCGGAGCUUUAGGAGGUCUCACUCGGGUUCGCAGGUUUUGCCAGGACGAUGCCCAUAUCUUCUGCACACCUGAACAGCUGGAGCAAGAGAUUGUGGCGUGUUUGGAUUUUGUCAGGUGUGUUUACGAGGUGUUUGGCUUCUCCUUCCACUGUCUGCUGUCUACACGCCCUACACCGUGUCUAGGAGAGCCUGAACAGUGGGACAACGCUGAACAGCAAUUGGAGAGGAGUUUGCAGCACUUCGGUGAACGCUGGGAGUUGAACCCAGGAGAUGGAGCCUUCUAUGGACCAAAGAUUGACAUCCAGAUUAAAGAUGCUAUCGGCAGACAACACCAGUGUGCGACCAUACAGCUGGACUUCCAGCUGCCAAUCAGAUUUGAUCUACAGUAUGUUGGGAAAGAUGGCCAUUUGCAUCGGCCGGUGAUGAUCCACCGAGCAGUGUUGGGAUCAUUGGAGAGAAUGUUUGCUAUACUGGCUGAAAAUUUUGGAGGGAAAUGGCCGCUGUGGCUGUCCCCGGCGCAGGUCAUGGUCAUUCCUGUGGUGGGCAGCAGUGAGUCAUAUGCCAAGCAGGUGGUCCAGCGGUUCCGAGAAGCCGGUUUCAUGGCUGAUUUCAAUGACGACCAGGGGGCCACCUUAAAUAAGAAGAUUCGCUCUGCUCAGAUCACCCAGUAUAACUACAUAUUUGUGGUGGGGGAGAAGGAGAGUGAGACGGGGACAGUGAAUGUAAGGAGCAGAGGAGGGAAACAACUGGGGAGGCGUCCCAUAGAGGAGGUGAUGGCAUCCCUCAUACAGCUACGAGACUCCAGGAGCAACACGGAUGAAUUUUAAGAAAAAGUUCUGGAAAUAAUGUAUCACUGAUGUAAUAAAUAUUUGUUUGUUUGUCGAAGCUGUUUAAAGUUGUGCCUGAGAAUGUGGCUGCUAUAUUUGUAAUAAAAGUUUCUAAAAAUGUG